CCUUUGUUCUGCUCUGUGGAGCCCCCAUGUAAAUCGGCUCUCUGCAUUCACGCACAGAUGGCCACCUCUGUCUCCCCUACCCCCGACCCUCCUUCCAGAUAGGCCUGGACUCCUGGGGUUGUCCUCCUCCUGGUUACCCACUGCUUGUCUCCCCCUCCCAACCCUUUGUUCAUAAUACUGUAUUUCAGAGAAGGAGACGGUGACCCCUAAAACUGAUCAGUUGUUCGUUUUUGACACUCACAUCACACACCAUUGUCUUACGGUGACUAGUAAGCUAAUGAACUCCUGAGCAGUUAUGUUUUGAGCCUAAAGGCAAGCGGGAACACUUAUUUCUCUGAAAUCUGUUUGCACCCAAUUUUUUGGGGUCCAGAAGAAUUCUGAUUCUGUUCUGGGGGAUCUUGUGUCCCUGAAUAAUUUGCAAAGCCUGCCUGCCGAUUACUGAUGUAUUUAUCUAGGCUCCGGGCUCCGAAGACGGUGCAAAGCCCUCUUAAGGAGUUUGCCAAGGGCGUGCUGGCUCCUUAGAAUAGGGAGAACAAAACCCAGGCCUGGCUGCGGGGCCCAGCUGACGGGCAGGCGGGCGGCUGGGAGGAGUGUCAGUUUGGUCAUUGACAUGUAAAUGUCAGGGGGCACCGAGGCUGGUCCCCGGCAGACACUCCCGCCAGCCUGAGACGCACACAAAGCCCUGCUCUCAGAGGCUGUGGGUUUGCCUUUGUGUAGCCAGGAGGAGCUGGUGCAGAGGUUCUGAAGAUGGCUUAGCAAUAAAGGCACCAUCCAAGGAUUGUGAACACCCUCACCCGUGGGUGCAAGCCCGGGCCAGUGGCUUCGUGCUGAGCUGGAGGAACACCACAUCUACCACCUUCCCGACAACCUCUCCCUCUCCUAAUUCAUGAGCCAGCAGGAUGCGGUCGCUGUGCUGUCAGAACGCCUUCUCAUAGCUGCAUACAAAGGCCAAGCGGAGAAUGUGGUUCAGCUCAUCAACAAGGGGGCCAAGGUAGCGGUUACCAAGCAUGGCCGGACCCCUCUGCACCUUGCUGCCAAUAAGGGCCAUCUCUCUGUGGUCCAGAUCUUGCUGAAGGCUGGCUGUGACCUCGAUGUCCAGGAUGAUGGGGACCAGACUGCCUUGCACCGGGCCACAGUGGUGGGGAACACGGAGAUCAUCGCGGCGCUCAUCCAGGAGGGCUGUGCCCUGGACAGGCAGGACAAGGACGGGAACACGGCCCUGCACGAAGCGUCCUGGCAUGGUUUCAGCCAGUCUGCCAAGCUGCUCAUUCAAGCAGGAGCCAACGUACUGGCCAAGAACAAGGCGGGGAACACGGCGCUGCACCUGGCCUGCCAGAAUUGCCACUGCCAGAGCACACGCGUCCUCCUGCUGGGCGGCUCCCGCGCCGACCUCAAGAACAACGCAGGCGACACCUGUUUGCACGUUGCGGCGCGCUACAAUCACUUGUCCAUCAUUCGGCUCCUCCUCAGUGCUUUCUGCUCUGUCCAUGAAAAGAACCAGGCUGGAGACACAGCGCUUCACAUUGCUGCGGCCCUGAAUCACAAGAAGGUGGUUAAAAUCUUACUGGAAGCUGGAGCAGAUGGGACCAUUGUUAACAACGCAGGCCAGACUCCGCUGGAGACUGCCCGCUACCACAAUAAUCCGGAAGUUGCUCUUCUCCUCACUAAGGCUCCCCAGGUCUUGCGCUUCAGUCGUGGGCGAAGCCUGCGGAAAAAGAGAGAAAGGCUCAAGGAAGAGAGGAGAGCCCAGUCUGUGCCAAGAGAUGAGGUGGCACAAAGCAAGGGAAGUGUCUCUGCCGGAGACACCCCCAGCAGCGAUCAGGCUGCGCUGAAACAAGAGGAACCCAGAGAAGAUUUCCUGUCUGCCUCCCCGGAACCCAGGGCCAAGGACAACAACCAGAGGAGAAAGUCCAGGCCCAAGGUGUCCGCGUACUCUGACCCCACCCCGCCGGCAGACCAGCAGCCCGGACACCAGAAGAGCUCACACGCUCAUAAUCACGCUAAGAAGAGGAGCCGGCACCGCUGUUCCUCCCCGCCCCCACCCCAUGAGUUCAGAGCAUACCAGCUGUACACGCUGUACCGGGGCAAGGAUGGGAAAGUGAUGCAGGCACCACUCAAUGGUUGUCGGUGUGAACCUCUGAUCAACAAGCUGGAGAAUCAGCUGGAAGCCACCGUGGAGGAGAUCAAGGCAGAGCUGGGAUCGGUGCAGGAUAAAAUGAACACGAAGCUGGGGCACAUGGAGAGCAAGACCCAGCACCAGAUGCGCGUUUUGGACAAGCUCAUGCUUGAGCGACUCUCGGCAGAGAGAACGGAGUGCCUGAACCGCCUGCAGCAGCACGCGGACACAGAGAAGCACGAGGGAGAGAAGCGACAGAUCUCCUUAGUGGAUGAAUUGAAAACCUGGUGCAUGGUAAAGAUUCAGAAUCUGGAGCUGAAGCUUUCUGGAGAUUCCAGAGCCUGCAGGGCUAAGUCCACACCAUCGACUUGCGAGUCCUCCACAGGUGUGGAGCCAUCAGUGGUGACAGCGGGUCCAGUAGCAGCUUCUGACACUUCCUCUCAGGUAGUUAGGCCCAAGGAAAAGGCCCUGCACUCCAAUGCCACCCACAGACUGCAGCAGGAGCUGUCUUCCUCUGACUGUGCAGGCGCCCGCCUGAGGAACGUCAAAGUUCAGGCAGCCUUGCUGCCCUUGAAUGAAGCAGCCAAAGGUGACCAGCAGGCCGGGCCCUGUGUCAAUAGAGGCACCCAAACCAAGAAGUCUGGAAAAAGCGGGCAGGCGAGGCAUCGGGCCCAGCAGCCAGCAGCAGGUGGCGAGCAGCCCACCCCUCACACCCGAGACACCUCCCAGGCUCUGGAGCUCACCCAGUACUUUUUUGAGGCCGUUUCUACCCAGAUGGAGAAGUGGUAUGAAAGGAAGAUAGAGGAAGCACGGAGCCAGGCCAAUCAGAAAGCCCAGCAAGACAAGGCCACACUGAAGGAACACAUCAAAAGCCUGGAGGAAGAACUUUCCAAACUCAGGACUAAGGUACAGAAGGAAAAUUAGGGCCCGGAAAGUGGAGGGAGUUCCAGUUUUGCAACUGCAGAGUCGCUGUGCUUAAGGAGUCAAUGACUGUACAUGCAGCAGACUUGCCUAUCAAAAAGCCACUGGUGUCUCAGAUGUGCCAGACAACAUACUUCCCAUGCCUUGAAGUUAUGAAGACUUCGACAGCUCAGCUGAAACCCGGGGAAGCUUGCUUAGUGUCAGGUUUCAUUACUAGCCUGAAACCUCAUUUCAGGUUCACCCGAAGUCCAGACGCUCAGAUUAAGCCUCGCUAAGAAGCUGGAUGAUGUCCAAGCCUACACCCCAAACUUCCGGAUAUAUGAAAUGAUGCAAGGGAAAAGCAAGAAAAACACUAGUCCUCUGCGAACUGAAGUUGUCGUUCACGUAAAUUUAAACAUACCUGCUGUGCCUAGAUGAGAGUGUUGUUCUGGGAGGGAGCUGUAACUCUGAGAUGUGCUAAGCUAAUCUCUCGUUCUCAAAUCCAUAAUGUUUAGACUUUUGACAUUUUAGCCAGGUAAAAAUUUAUCAAACAUAUUUUGAGGGAAAAAAGAUUUUCACAAUGUCACAAGAUCCAGUAUACCUUAAGAUAAAUUUUUUUUGAAAAAAAAAAAUGAGUGAUGGGAUAAGCACUGAAAAUGUUAAUAAUGAGCUCACAUGAGAACAGUUCAGAUCAUCUGAUCACAGUUUCUGUAUUUUUCAGCCAAAAAAUCCUUAAGCAUAGUGAUUUUAAAACACAUGAACAGAAAAAGCAUUCGCGUAGCCAUGACCUGAAACUUCCAUAACCUACCCAUAAUCAAGCUGCUAUCUUAAAGGAACUUUCUGAUUUUGAGAUUAUGAAUCUAUAUUUUAUAAAGCAAGAAGGCUAUUUCCUCAAAGUGUUUCAUUCUGAAUUACCACUGAACAACCUCAAAAGCUUUCCACUGCCUUGCGGUGACUAUAUCAAGGUAAAGAAUUCAGUGUUUUGAUUGAGACCCCACUGUUUCCCAGCUUCAUGGAACACUGAAAAUUUUACUUUGCCCCAAUAUGAGGUAAGAACAAAGAAACAAAGUUACAAAAGUAGCCUGCCUAUGUCAAAAUACUGGUUUAAUUAUCUUAGUUUCCUGCCCCUAUAAGUGUGGGGAUUUUAUUCCUCCCUUCAAAGUUCCAUGUAGGCACACAAACUUCAAUUCUGAUUCAAAUCACAGGAACCUAACAUCUGUUGCCCACAAAUUGACUUCUUGGGAACACUAAAACAAAAGACAAAAACUCAGUGUGCUUUCACUCGCUUUGUCACACUCAGUUUUGGUUACAGACAUUGCUUUCCAAAAGCAAUGUAGUUGACAGACUGUUGUCAAAUCUGAAGACGGAAUGAGUUUGAUGUUACCUCAAGUUCACUUUCAUAUGUUUGUAAGCCUGUCUGGUUCCUCAGCUGCCAUGAGGGAGCCCGCCCUCACCCCAGUCACUGGAUUACCCAUAAGGAGGCACUUCACUCUUUGCAUUUCCCUGUUUGUUCCUGAUGCACAACCACAGAACUGUAGAUCGAGACGUUGCCUUCAGUUUGGACAUCACUAACGUCAGUUUAUUGGGAACUGCCUAAUACUCAAGUCCUGAGAGGGUGAGGAAGGUGUGCUGCAAGCAAGAGUUAUUUUCACUUAUAACAGUACUUCCUGUUACCUGGAGUACCCUUGUUGCCACAUGCUGAAAACAGAUUGUAGCUACCAAGUCUAGACCACCCAGUGCUUAGCUGGGAGUAUUGUGACUUCAGAAGCAAGUGUCUUACUGAGAAAUGGAUGUUCUGGUCAAAGAGUCACAGUUCGGAAAGAUCCUGGGGAGGAAUGAGAAAGGUCACGUGGACCCAGGCUGGCAGACUACUGGAAUCUUCUCUUGGUUCUCCUCCGUAGAAAACCAGCAGAGGCAAGGAGACGGAAUAAGGUCAGUCAGCCUCCCAACUCCAGGGAUGACAACCUCCGAAUUAAGACCAGUGCCAACAGCGCUGUAUUUUCAACUACUGUGUUUGGUCUGUUUUUGUUCCGUUGCAUUAUUGAAAAGUAAACUGCAGGUCUGGUGUGGACUUUUCCAUGUUUCUCCCUUGUGCUGUCUGCUAAAAUUAGGAAAUGCCUCAACUGUACUUCUCCCAAAAAAUGUAACGAUGUGUAGCCUGUCACGUGGGCUGUGUUUCAAAAUGAGGCUGAAACUUUCAAUAACUUGGGGGGAAAUGGUGUAAAACACAAAAAGUGUACAAUAUUAUAAUUUCACAUUGAGUAUACUAAAUAUCUGUGAUAGAUUAAAUGCAUUAGUUCUAAUCUUUUGACUUUGGGAGCCAAGAUAAAGGAAGUGAUAUUUUCAUGUUUAUACCUUAUUUUUUGAGUCAAAUGUUGAUAUAUUUGAAAGGCAUGUUGUCUUCUAUUUAAUAUUUUUAUUACCUUGAAUUUGUGUCUCUUCCAAGAAUUAGACAUUGUCCUCAAUACUAUGGAUCCUUAUUAAACUCCUUAUUUUAAAAAAAAUGAAAGUAUGAACACUUUGUUUAGCUUGAACUUUCAUUUGCCAUGGUUAACUGAGUUUGUUUCCUGAGAGUGCCUUAACUCAACCACACUUUACUUUGUGUCUAUAAAAGUGUAAUUUAGAGUAAAUACAUCUGCUUUAAAGUCAAGAUCAGGUGCAUCACAUCAAAACAAAACAAAGCUGUUAUUAUAUGGCAAGAUUUCUCUGUGUAAGCUCAAAUAAAUGUUUAAACAGUUGACCAUUUGGAAAAUACUGAACAAAGGGGAAAACAUCAUUUGUCACGGUUAAGCAAUAUGUAAGCUCUACGUUACACUUUUGAGUAAUAAAUUGUUCCUGCAAAUUAAA